AUGUCUUCAAUUGCCAAACGUGAAUUUACUGAGCUUGCUAUUGACGGUAGCAACUAUUUAACCUGGGCCCUAGAUGUUGAAAUGCAUUUGACAUCAAAGGACUUAAAGCAAACUAUUGCUGAUGAGUCACAGAGAACUGAUGCCCAGAAGUCCCUGAAGGACCGAUUUGACCAACAACUAUCAAUUGUCCUCCCUCAGGCACAAUUUGACUGGCUGAAUCUGAGGUUUCAAGAUUACAAAUCUGUAAUCGAAUAUAAUUCAGCCCUGCACAAAAUUGUAUCACAACUGAAGCUCUGCAAACAUGAAGUUUCAGAGUCUGAUUUAAUUGAAAAGACUUUGUCUACUUUUCAUGCGAGUAACCUUGUACUCCAGCAGCAGUACAGGGCUAAGAAUUAUGACAAACACUCUGAACUAAUUUCAGCACUUCUUGUGGCUGAAAAACAUAAUCAGUUGUUGAUGAAAAAUCAUAAUGCAAGACCAGUUGGCUCUGCACCUGUGCCUGAAGCACAUAAUAUUGCCAAAGGGUGGAAAAAUAGAAGAGGUCGUGGUAAGGGUCGUGGUGGUAGACACGGUCGUGGUAACCGUAGAGGUAUGGAACGUAUUGGUUUAGUCCCGGAAGGUCAAAGCUCAUACAAUCGCGAUAACCGUAGGGGUACAGACCGCAUUGUUCUUACCCAGGGAAAUCAAAACUCAUCAAAGGAAAACUCUGAUCAUAAACAGGUUUGCUACCGAUGCGGAUGUAGUGGGCACUGGUCUCGCACAUGUCGCAUACCAAGGCAUUUGGUUGAUGCUUAUCAAAUGAUGACAUGA